AUGUCAUGGUUGAACAUGCUGACCUUGUUCAUUAUUAUGUUUAAAGAUGAGAGAGUAGAACCCAUUCUUCCAACAAUAUUUGGCUUCUGAGCGAUGGAGAAACAGCACAAGCUGAAGAACAAGAUCUUGAAGAUACUGCCAAAAGCAGUCCCGUUUCAAAACCCUCCUUUCAGUCCAGGCAGGGAUCACACCAGAAGACCUAAGAAUGCAUCCAGGUGGUUUAAAGCAUCGAUGAUUCCGGAUGAAGCUAGAACUAAACCCAAGGAUGAUGGAGGGGGCAAUAUUGAUUCUAGAGACCCCACUUCUCCUAAAGUGUCGUGCAUGGGACAGAUCAAGCACAUGAAGAAACAGGUCAAGAAAGCCAAGGCCAAGAGUAUGUCGCUGCCUAAUGACGUCGGAGAGGUCAAGGAGGAUUCGUCCGUUUUCCGAAGGAUAUUCCACGGAGCUAAACCUCCUGCUGCGGAUCAUGGUAUGGAGGAUGCAGUUGCGGGAAGAGCACCGGUUCUGGGUGCGAUGAAGCGUUUUGCGAGUGGGCGGAAUGCUUUCACCGACUUUGAUUGGAAGGCUCGUGCGCCGGCAGAUAUGGACCACGACGGUUAUUUUUCUGAUCAAGACAGAGAAGAGAGUGACGCAGAAGAAGAAGAAGAGGUCAUAAUUCCUUUCUCUGCACCUAUUCUGGUAGGUGGUGGUUGUUACGCUGGAGGAGUGCCUUUACAGCCAAGGAAGGAAAUUAAUCUGUGGAAAAGGAGGACGAUGGCACCGCCGAGGCCUCUUCAAUUGAAACCGGUUCUCCGAUCAAAGUGAUUUUUGCAACCAAAAAAAAAAAAUUUACAAAUGUAAGUUUGUGUAUGUGCACCUUAUAAUUUCUUCUGAUCUUUUUAUUACGCUUUUUUGGGGCUUCAUGUGGCUGUAAAUAUAUUCUAUGUGAUGUAAAUUUUUCCCCGAGUGACCGGUGGCCGUGUAUUACCUA